GCAGAGCAGCUUUGCAGCACUUUUCUAACAACACUGUUACUUCCUACAAUAAAACAAGGUUUAGUGUGAGUGUGGAUGACUGCAGUGGCUCACACCGCACACGGGCUCAAGGAGGAUAAACGUCAGAGGGUGGGGGAACAAGGUGAAAGUCUCCAUUCGAGCACUGCAAGCCAAAGAUGACGAGGAGCGGAUAAGUGGACGACCGAGGCAACUGAUGCUUCUCGAGUGGGACGAUGAUUGGUGCUGAGGAGCAAAACAAGUUGAAAGCCAAAGGAUGACAGCCGCCAGCAGCCCUGUCAGCAGCCCCGCCUCCUCCCGCUCCUCACCUGCCUGCCUCCCAGCAGCAUGCCACCUGAGAAAAGGCGGAGCUUCCCGAACCCGGCUGCACCUGCGCUCCGCCCCGGGCGCGUGGCUAAUGGUGGGCGUGGCCGUGGUGCUGGCGGGGAUGAGCGUGGCUGUGGUGGGGUAUGUGUCCGCAGUGCCCAAGCCCGUAGGGGGACGCGUGGGCAGCCACGUAGAGAGGAUGAAACUGGCGGGGCCCGUGGUCAUGGGCCUGGGCCUCUUUAUCUUCAUCUGCGCCGCCACGCUGCUCUACGAGAACCGGGAUCGGGAGGUCCACAGGUUGGAAUCGUCGGAUGACCUCGAGGACCUGAAAGGGGACCUCGGCUGGGAUGACUCGCAAGAGCAAGCCAGCUUCAGCAGUCAGGAGCAGUGGGAGGGGAGAGACGGGGAGCAGGGGUGCUUAACACUCCCCCUCUCCAACCAAGACCGGGUCCUCUAUCCCCUCUCUCUGUGUCUGGACCGACAGAACCAUGAGCACACCGGAACAUCACGGCCGUUUCGCACCGAAGCCGAGGACGGGGCAGAAAGGGAGGGGAGGUCAACUCUUCUGGCCAGAGUUCUGCACCACCAGGAGCCAAGUCCUCAAUCCUCCUCCUCCGACCUGCCAGUUCCUCACUCCUCCACCUACUUGGAUGGUGAGAACUGUAACACACGGACGGCGUCAACACUCCUGCCCGAACCUUGAACACCUCACCGGGCUUGAAAGAAGAAUGGAAGAUUCCAUGAGAUGUUUGUCUUGUGCAGGUUUCAACAUUUUCGAGGGGUGCAGCUGAGUGUUUGAAAGUAAAGGAAAAACAUGGCCGACAAAUUAAACUGGACAUUUUUCCGACAUUCCAGUUUUCUGGGAUGGUGCCUACAUCCCCUCACACACAGAGAUUCUGCAAAAUCAGCGUAUCAGAGAUGUAACAGUAGAGCCGGCAUUUAUUCACCCGUGUCUUUCACACAGAACUAAUAUCCGUUUGCAUGUCCAUUCAUCGACAUGGCCGAUGUAUACGAUACUUGUCGGACAGGGACAGUUGCUUUCAACACAACAGGAUGUGAGAAGUGAGUGUUAAACUUUGCACCCUCUUCCGCUAUUCCCUUUCACACAUCCGCUGUCCUGAGAUGCCGCAAAAGACGCCAGUGUCUUUCACACAGAACCCAGUGACUUAGCUUUUUGCAAACCUCCAACAUGUGCAAUAUUUGUCUGCCGGUUACAAUUCCUUUCAUCACAACAGGGUGGGAGAAAUGCUGAGAACUGUCACAGUUUUCUGCUAUUCCAUUUCACACAGCCGCUGUCCUGCCUCUGCCCCUUUUAUGCUGAGAUGCCGCAUAAUUUAGGAUGUAACAGCAGGGCCUGCAUUGAUUUGCCUGUGACACAAAAGUGGGGCCUCACAGACGUAAGAGUAGAUCCCAUGUUUAUUCACCUGUGUUGGUGCAUCAGAGCCGUAACAAGAGAAAAGGCAUUUGUUGCAAAAUUGGGGCACAAGCUACGUAAUAGUAGAUCCAGCUUUUAUUUGCCUGGUUCAUCAAAUAUUGAGGCAUCGGGGCCGUAACAGUAGAUCGUGCAUUUAUUUGCCUUUGUCUUUCACACAGAACCCAGCCAAGCAGGACACUGCUGUGUUUCAUAAAGAGAAUCUGUCUUCCAAAAAGUGUGUGAUGUGUGAAAUACUUGUGGGACACUGACGACUGCUUCCAAAGAUUGUGAGUCAGGUGUUUUAACAGGGGUGUCCAAACUGUGGCCAGGGGGUGCAUUUGCAACCAACAGCUGUUUUUUUAUUGGCCCGCGGCACACUCUAGAAAUAUAAUUCAACGAGAAAACAAAAAAAUAACAACAGCAAAAAUGGAUAAAAAUCAGUAGUAAUUUUACAAGAAUGCAGUCAAAAAUAUGAAGAAAAAAAAGUUGCGCACAAACGAGAAAAAGUCGUAAUUUCAUGAGAAUGAUGUCGUAAUAUUAGGAGGAAAAAUAACAUCCUUUUAGGAGCAUAAAGUUGAAAUA